CAUCAUUCAUUGAGUAUCAUUUAGCAAAUGUACAGUGCAAAAGGAGGACAUCAAGAAUUGCUUAAACGUGUGUCAAGCUACCCAAGUAAUUCCAGCAAGUGAUUCGCCUGGGAUAAUUAGCAGAAAGACUUCCUGACUAGACGAAGCAAAACGCCUCAACCAUGAGAUUGCUCCUGGUCUGUCUAGUGGUGUUCGGCACCGUCUUUGCCGAUGAUGAUGACAAGAGGGAGAGUGUUGGUACAGUGGUCGGGAUUGAUCUCGGAACUACCUAUUCCUGUGUUGGAGUGUUCAAAAAUGGUCGUGUGGAAAUCAUCGCCAAUGACCAAGGUAACAGAAUCACCCCUUCCUAUGUGGCCUUCACCGCUGAGGGAGAGCGUCUCAUUGGUGAUGCUGCUAAGAACCAGCUGACCUCCAACCCUGAGAACACCGUUUUUGAUGCAAAGAGAUUGAUUGGUCGCACUUGGAGCGACUCCGCUGUGCAGUCGGAUAUCAAAUACUUUCCUUUCAAGGUCAUUGAUAAGAAGAGCAAGCCUCAUAUCCAGCUUGACAUUUUGGGCCAGAUGAAGACCUUUGCUCCUGAGGAAAUCUCUGCCAUGGUCCUCACCAAGAUGAAGGAAACCGCUGAGGCAUACCUGGGAAAGAAGGUCACCCAUGCUGUGGUCACUGUUCCUGCUUAUUUCAAUGAUGCCCAGCGUCAGGCCACCAAGGAUGCUGGAACCAUCGCCGGCCUGAAUGUGAUGAGGAUCAUUAAUGAGCCAACUGCAGCUGCCAUUGCCUAUGGUUUGGACAAGAAGGGCGGUGAGAAGAACAUUCUGGUGUUCGACCUUGGUGGUGGUACCUUUGAUGUGUCCCUCCUGACUAUUGAUAAUGGCGUGUUUGAGGUCGUGGCCACAAACGGAGACACCCACUUGGGAGGUGAAGACUUCGACCAGCGUGUCAUGGAGCACUUCAUCAAGCUGUACAAGAAGAAGACGGGCAAGGAUGUGCGCAAAGACAACCGUGCCGUUCAGAAACUGCGUCGUGAGGUUGAGAAGGCCAAGAGAGCCCUGUCUGCCCAACAUCAAGCACGUAUUGAGAUUGAGUCUUUCUUUGAGGGAGAAGAUUUCUCAGAAACCCUGACCCGUGCCAAGUUUGAGGAGCUGAAUAUGGAUCUCUUCCGUUCCACCAUGAAGCCAGUGCAGAAGGUUCUGGAAGAUUCUGACCUGAAGAAAUCUGACAUUGAUGAGAUUGUGCUGGUCGGUGGGUCCACUCGUAUUCCCAAGAUCCAGCAGCUGGUGAAGGAGUUCUUCAAUGGAAAGGAGCCCUCCAGAGGCAUCAACCCUGACGAGGCUGUGGCCUACGGAGCUGCUGUGCAGGCUGGCGUGCUCUCUGGGGAGGAGGAUACAGGCGACCUGGUUCUUCUGGAUGUGUGCCCCCUGACUCUUGGAAUUGAGACUGUUGGAGGAGUGAUGACCAAGCUGAUCCCCAGGAACACCGUGGUGCCAACCAAGAAGUCUCAGAUCUUCUCCACGGCCUCUGACAACCAGCCAACUGUCACCAUCAAGGUCUAUGAAGGUGAGCGCCCUCUGACCAAAGACAACCAUCUGCUGGGUAACUUUGACCUGACUGGCAUUCCUCCAGCACCCCGUGGUGUCCCCCAGAUUGAAGUGACCUUUGAGAUUGAUGUCAACGGUAUCCUCCGUGUAACUGCUGAAGACAAGGGAACUGGCAACAAGAACAAGAUCACCAUCACCAACGACCAGAACCGUCUGACUCCAGAGGACAUCGAGAGGAUGGUGAAUGAUGCUGAGCGAUUUGCCGAUGAAGACAAGAAGUUGAAGGAGCGCAUUGACGCCCGCAACGAGCUGGAGAGCUAUGCCUACUCCCUGAAGAACCAGAUAGGCGACAAAGAGAAGCUGGGUGGCAAGCUGUCUGACGAAGACAAAGAAGCCAUCGAGAAAGCUGUAGAGGAGAAGAUUGAAUGGAUGGAGUCCCACCAGGAGGCCGACACAGAAGAAUUCAAGGCCAAGAAGAAGGAGCUGGAGGAGGUUGUUCAGCCCAUCGUUGGCAAGCUCUACGGCAACGCAGGUGGACCUCCUCCUGAGGAGGGUGGUGAAGGCGAGCAGGAUGAGAAGGAUGAAUUGUAGGCGUGGUUCCUGCUUCUCCAAACACCCACACACACACACUGUUCUCCCUGAUGCCCUGGCCUCUCUGGUAGUGGUCCAGGUGUACAUAUUGAACUGGAACGAGGGACAAUUGUGAGGAAAAGGUUGAAGGGAGGACCAGACCAACAAGAAUCUCCUCUGCAAAGAAAACUAAACAAAAGACUUUUUGGAGCGGUAGAGAAGUGCGGAGUGUGCUCUUCACUCGCGAGUGGAGAUUUAGUCAGCCUGGAUCGAGGCUUACUGCUGUUCUGAGGCAGUCCGAAACGGGGUUCACUUGGGUGGGUUUAGCGGGGAGGGGGUAGCCGGGUUCUAUGGGCAUGUGGGUAGUCAUGUUCUUCAUCUUUACAGUUUAUUUAUUGAAAUCUGGCCAUUGUAGAAAAAUGUUUCUACAGGAAAUAAAUGAAAAUACAUGUUUGAUAAUAAAAAAAAACAUUUCCUGA